CGGCCGUUGUCAUGGUUCCGGGCGCCCCUUCCGCCGCCGUCAGUUCCGCGGCGAUGGCGGCGGCGCGCGCGCGGGCGCUGCUGGCCCCGCUCGGAGCGCGGCUGAGGGCCGGGCCCCGCGCCCCGCUCCGCUCCGCCGCCUCCGCCCCCGCCCCGCCGCUCUACGACGUGGUGGUGUCGGGCGGGGGCAUGGUCGGGAGCGCCAUGGCCGCCGUGCUGGGGCAUGACAUCCACUUCCAUGAUAAAAAAAUUGCUUUGCUGGAGGCUGGUCCUAGGAAAGAAUAUGAUCACAUGCCAGACAGUUACAGCAACAGGGUCAGUUCCAUCUCCCCAGGAUCAGCCACCCUCCUAAGCAGUUGUGGUGCCUGGGAUCAUGUCUGCAGCCUGAGACUCAAACCCUUCCGGCGAAUGCAGGUGUGGGAUGCUUGUUCAGAAGCCAUGAUCGUUUUUGAGAAAGAUGACUUAGAUGACAUGGGUUACAUAGUGGAGAAUGAUGUCAUUAUGUCUGCUCUCACAAAACAGUUAGAUGCAGUAGCAGACCGUGUGGAGGUCUUCUACAGCAGCAAAGCAGUUGGGUACACGUGGCCCCUUCCUUCCCAUGGCUGUGACACAAGCCCUUGGGUCCAAGUUGAGUUAGCUGAUGGACGCAGACUUCAGACUAAGCUGCUGAUUGGUGCGGAUGGUCAUAACUCUAUGGUCCGGAAGGAAGCUGAAAUUAAGAACAUUGAACAUCAGUAUGACCAGUCAGCUGUGGUGGCAACUCUCCAUUUAUCUGAGGCCACAGACAACAACGUAGCAUGGCAGCGGUUCCUUCCCACCGGGCCAAUUGCGCUUCUUCCGCUGUCUGACACUGCCAGCUCUCUGGUCUGGUCUACAUCUCAUGACCAUGCAUCAGAACUUCUCACUAUGGAUGAGGAAAGCUUUGUGGAUAGCAUCAACUCUGCCUUUUGGAGCAACAUAAACCACUCUGACUUCAUUGACACAGCUGGGGCCAUGUUUCGUUCUGCCAUUUCACUCCUGAAGCCCUCAGGGACUGCAGUCCGUCAGCUGCCCCCAAGUGUUGCUAAAGUAGACGCAGAGAGCCGAGCCAUGUUCCCUCUUGGGCUGGGCCACGCGACAGAGUACGUCCAGCACCGCGUGGCUCUUAUCGGGGACGCAGCACACAGAGUCCACCCACUUGCAGGACAAGGAGUGAACCUGGGCUUUGGUGACAUUGCAUGUUUAGCUCAUCACCUCAGUGCAGCAGCCUUCAACGGGAGCGAUCUGGGCUCCUUAAAACACCUCCUCAAGUUUGAAACAGAACGUCAGAGGCAUAAUGUCUCCUUGAUAGCUGCUACUGAUGUGCUGAAAAGGCUGUACUCUACCACACUGGCUCCUCUGGUGUUGCUGAGGACAUGGGGAUUGCAAGCAACAAAUGCCCUGCCUCCUGUCAAAGAGCAAAUCAUGGCUUUUGCCAGCAAGUGAUCUGUUGUCAGUGUGCUUGUCAGCAGCUUGCCUAUGAAUGCAUUGCCCUUAAAAGGACUGUGACUGACUUGAAUCUUUGAAUUUUAUUUUAAUUUACAAUAAAACGGAGGGAUUGAGCUGUGUAUUACACCA